UGCAACUGUCUAAAAGGCCCAUACAAAUUUCACUUUUCCCACUAUUCAGUUUCAAAUUUUUUCUCGCUCAAUAUAAAAAAAUCAAAAAUUUACCCAAAAUCAAAAAUAUACACUCACACAGUCCACAACAAGACAAGAUACCGGAGAACAACAAGCAACACACCCAUAUAAAAGCCAAAAAAGGAAUCUAAGAUAUAGGCCAAAGGAAAGGCGAGAAAGACCAGCCUACGUACUAGGUAGAUAUAUUUGUAAUCUGGAGAAUUCCAAUCUAUUGGAAUACUGUAGCCCAGAGAAUAUCGAUCCUCUCGAGAAAAAUUCGGCGACCUCAAUUUCCGAUUCUAAAGCCAACUUAAUUGAAUCGAAGAACAGAGAUCCCUGGAGCAACUAUCAAGCACCUAAAUCUCAAGCAGUUUCAACAGUUUUCGAGAGUAAGCAGUGCACUUGCGUCCCAUUGAAAGUAUAACUCUUUUUUUUGGCCCAAUUGACACCAAAAACAAACAAAAACCACAUACCACUAAUGUAACAAUUUUUUUGAAGCCCACCAAAAAGGACGAGUAAAGCAAAAAAAUUAAAUCGCAACGCACAACCAAGUUUCGAGCAAAAAAAAAAACAAAAAGUUUAAAUUCAAAUCGUAAAAGACAGUUGCGAAGACCCGUGAAAAAGUUUAAAAUAAGAAAUGCAAACGCGACUUUAAACCCAAAACCACUGACAAACGCUUCUUUCACACCGGUUCAGCAAAGGUCAGCGAAAGUUUCGACUCGGCAAAAAUAAAAUAAAAUAAAAUUACCAAAAAUAUUAAAAAAGAUACAAAAAACCGAAUUACAAAUCGUAAAAUCCGUCAAGGAUAUGAGUAAAUCAAGUAAUUGAGCGCGCUAAAUUUAAAAAGUUAUCAUUCCACACGUUACAUCCGAAACGAACAAGAGUUAAAGGCAGGAGUUAAACGAAGGCAAGCUUCAAAAUACAAAAAUAUUGAAAUAUCUCAAAAGCUCCGAUUCGCCGCGACCCAAUCAAAUUCUAAAGUGUUCGACCAGCGAUUUUUGCACAACUUCGGUUUCAGUCAGGCAUACAGGGAUAUAUAGUUACAUAUAUCUAAAGUGCACAUAUAUCCAUUCGAUCGACUCACCAACGUCUAAGGUAAACCAACAAGAAACAACACACGCACACCAAAAACCAAAAAGCAAAGAAGAGCUACUGAAAAUGGCAUCCGAACUGGAUCAAUUCGCCGACCUGGAACUCUCAAAGGAGGAUCGUGAACAGAUCUUCGAUCCGCCACUGGAUCGACAGCAGUUGGAAGGUGCUGGCACCUCAAGUGUUACGACAUCAAAAAUCUUAAUAAGCGGCAUACCGAUGCAAACACGUUUCGAAGACAUCGAACCGCUACUGAAGCCCUAUGGCAUCGUCAAACAGUGUGAGGCUAUUUCUAGUAAGGAUCAAAAUACUCAAACAGUACAUAUAACAUUCGAAAAUCCUGAGCAGGCGCAAAGAGCUGCUGUUGGUCUGAACGGUGUCGAGUUCGAGGGCAGCAAGCUGCAUGCCGAGCAGCUGGACAAGAACCAGCGGCGUAGCCAGCGUAACCAGCGCAAUCCGUAUCCGGGUAUGCCCGGUCCCGGACGCCAGGCGGACUUUCCGCUGCGCAUUCUUGUGCAGAGCGAAAUGGUGGGUGCCAUUAUUGGUCGACAGGGCAGCACCAUCAGGACGAUCACACAACAGAGCCGUGCUCGCGUCGACGUCCAUCGCAAGGAGAAUGUUGGAUCGCUGGAGAAAUCGAUUACGAUCUAUGGCAAUCCGGAGAACUGCACCAAUGCCUGCAAGCGCAUUCUGGAAGUGAUGCAGCAGGAGGCCAUCUCCACGAACAAGGGUGAACUCUCACCGGAAUGCAGUGAAAUUUGCCUCAAAAUACUCGCCCACAACAAUCUGAUUGGACGAAUCAUUGGCAAGUCGGGCAAUACCAUUAAACGGAUCAUGCAGGACACCGAUACGAAGAUCACUGUCAGCUCUAUCAACGACAUCAACAGCUUCAACUUGGAGCGAAUCAUCACGGUCAAGGGAUUGAUUGAGAACAUGUCGCGUGCUGAGAACCAAAUUAGCACCAAGCUGCGCCAGAGCUACGAGAACGAUCUGCAGGCGAUGGCGCCGCAGAGCCUCAUGUUCCCCGGUCUCCAUCCGAUGGCAAUGAUGUCGACACCGGGCAACGGCAUGGUCUUCAAUACGAGCAUGCCGUUCCCCUCGUGUCAAAGCUUUGCCAUGUCCAAGACCCCGGCUAGUGUGGUGCCACCGGUCUUCCCCAAUGACCUGCAGGAGACCACCUAUCUCUACAUACCCAACAACGCUGUCGGCGCCAUUAUCGGCACCAAGGGCUCGCAUAUCCGAAGCAUAAUGCGCUUCUCGAACGCAUCCCUUAAAAUAGCCCCUCUCGACGCCGACAAGCCGCUGGACCAACAAACGGAGCGCAAGGUGACGAUUGUUGGCACACCGGAGGGUCAGUGGAAGGCGCAGUACAUGAUCUUCGAGAAGAUGCGCGAAGAAGGCUUCAUGUGUGGCACGGACGAUGUGCGCCUGACGGUUGAGUUGCUUGUGGCCAGCUCUCAGGUGGGCCGUAUCAUUGGCAAGGGUGGCCAAAAUGUGCGGGAAUUGCAGCGCGUGACGGGCAGUGUGAUCAAGUUGCCCGAACAUGCCCUUGCUCCGCCGUCCGGCGGAGAUGAGGAGACUCCAGUGCACAUCAUCGGACUAUUUUAUAGUGUACAGUCUGCCCAGCGACGCAUCCGAGCCAUGAUGCUUUCGACAAAUCCGCCGCCAAUAACCAAAAAACAGAAAGCUGCCAAAGAACAAUUGCAACAACAGCAACAGAGCCUAGCCGGAGCCGCGUCCAGCGGUUCCCAGCAGCAACAGCCACAGUCGCCAUCUCAACAGCAGGCACUGCCGCCGCAAUUGCAUCAUCAGCCUGUGUCGUCGGCGUCGUCAUCGUCGACGCCGCCUGCACACCAUCAGCAGCAGGCGUCGACGGCAGCGACCUCACACCAGCUGCAGCAGCAGCCAUCGCCGCCGCCACCUGGCAAUGCAACUGCGGCCGCAGCUCAGCAGCAACAGCAGCAGCUGGCGAGCUCACAACAGUAAGGAGGAAUCACAGUCAAAGGAGAGCCGGCGCCGCAGCAGCAGCAGCAGCAGCAGCAACAUCAUCAGCAGCAGCAGCAACGAAAGCGCCAACAAUAGCCAAGGCAGGGUUUUCUACUAUUGAUACUACCUCCACAGCACACACCCAUAAGUUUCAAUACCCCAAGACCCAAAAGCACCCACCACAAUUUAACAAUUUACAACCCUAUAACAACAAGCUAACCGUAGGCGCCACCUUUGUGCUGGCACAGGCGACGGCAAAAGUAAGCAAGCAACCUGGAGCAGUAACAUAAGCAAAAUUGUACGCAUAUAGAACUGUAGGGGAACCACCACAUCAUAAAGUGAGCUGCGUGAAGAAGCUCUACUAGUUCAUAGCAGUGUAUUUCGACUUUAGCAAGAUCAACAUAAAAAGAGCAGUCACACAGCAAGAAUAACCAUAACAACAUUCUUCAUUUGCAUACUAAGAAAUAAAGAGAAAACGUUAAUAGAAAGCAGCGCUAUCGUUCAUAGAAACCACUAAAAACAAAACCCCGCCCCAAAAUCAAAACUUUGUGUUGUUGUUCUGCUAGUUGUUAACUUUUGCGUCAGCUGAGAAUUCGGUACCGCCCAAAUUGUUGCGAACGUUUUCAAGGCAGUAUCAGUAAAACCUUAAAUAUUCAUAAUUUGUACAAGUAAACCAUAUAUUCAACAACAACACAAAGAGUCAAAGUAACUAAAGAGAAAACCCCUAAAACUAACACUAAAUUUGAUUGCAAGAAGGGGAAAUAAUGGAUAAUGAAGGACAGUUUAGUAGUGUAUGCGUUAUAUUUUUUUUAAAUAUAUUUAACUAUAAAACGUUUAUUUUUAAUUAUUUUUUUUUAACAAAGAUUUAGUAAGCUUACAUUUAAGUGGAAUGAAUAGAAGAGUAGUGAGCAAAGCGCAAGAGAAUGAGAUUGAGAAUCAAUUAAAAAAAAAUAAGUAAGGACAACCAUUUCGUUGAUCCCACUACCGAGAAAUGUACACAAGCAAAAUUAUAACCAAGAAAUAUCAAAAAAAAAAAAAAAUGAAAAACAAGAACAAUACAAACAUGGAAAACAACAAAAGCGUCAAAAAACACAAAAACAUACCUAUUUUGAGCCCACAUCCACACACAACAUCAAAGGUGAAGAAGAAGCUUUCAUCUUUGGGCCAUGAGAAUGUGUAUAACAGUUGAUAAAGUUAUGUGUACAAUGUGCAACAGUUGAUGCAACUGUCGGCGCCCCGCUAGCGUUAUACAUAGUAUAACAGACCUCAACCGAAAACCCAAACCACCAAAAAGAAACAACUAUCUAUGUAUACAAUAUCGUUAAGAGCUAUACUGAUGGAUCAGUGUGUAUAUUGGGACUAUAUAUUGAUAGGAAGGGAUGUGGAUGGAACAAGAGACGCCAGCGAGAGAGCAAUGUUUACUGUACUGUACAGUUGUAAAAUAGUUUUUUGCGAUGCCUGAAACGUUGUUUGUAUAAAUGAAUGGAUACGAAAACCAGUCCCUUAUUAUGCGAUGGAAGGAGUUACAUGAAGAAUUGUUGAAUUAUACUUAGUGCAGAAGAAGCCGAAGGAGAAGAAAGCAAAUGACGGAGAGGAUAGGAACGCUACAGCAAAUGCAAAGAGCGAGAGAUAGUGUUAAAGGAACUAUUGUAAUGUGUUUGCCUUGAAAUGAAAACAAAACUAACUAGAAAUGAAAUGACGGUGCUGAAAUGUUAAUUUUUUUUAAUCGAUCGUUAACGUUAAGUGUUACGUUAUAACGUUUGAGCGUGUAUGAGAGACAAGCUGUUAUACAUGGAUGGGACACUGCACUACAUACUACAUGCAAGAACAUAAACCAGCCAAUCCGAACCCAAAUCAAAGUCUUAACUCAUAGCCACAACCAAGCAAUCAAAACCGAAGGAUGCAUUUCGUAGAGAUCGUAAUCGUAGCGUAAACAGACAAUAUAUAACCAUUCCCGUAACCGUAUUGACCAAACCCCAUAGUUAGAGACCGCAACCCAAGUAACUGAAUCGGAGCAACAACAAUCAAACUACAAUUUACACCAGCCAAAACAAGCAACAAUAGCAAUAGCCCAAUUUUGUGUUGUUUUGAGAUAGCUAUUAUCUAAUUUUUAACUAUACAGGUUUUUUUGUAACGUAAAUAUUAAACUAAUUGAUAUUCCAUAGAGUUAGCAUUACGAAAUAGUUAGACGGACAGUCAACCAAAUCAAAUCAAAUCAAAGCCCUAAAAUCCCUAACGAUCCAACCCUUUUGUUUGUAUAACACUUGCUUCGGAGGCAGACAGUUCUAAAAAAAAGAAAAACACACACACACCAAAUGAAGAAAAUUAAGGCAAAUUCAACAUUUCGGCAAAAAGAAAAUCUAAAACACACAACAUUUCGGUCAAACAAGUAACAACAAAACGAAAACCUUUUGAGCGGCACAUUAUUUUGGAACAAAUGACAUUGACAAAAUUUAUGGACAAAAACUCAAAGCCAACAAGAAGCGUAUACAAGCUUUAGGACAGCCCAAUUUUAUGAAAUAUCACAUUUUCUUUGUUCUUUUUAAGAAGAAACAAAAGAAAACAAACAGAAGCAGAAAAGAUGAAGAAAUUUGAAGAAGAUUGAAAAAGUAAUUAAAAUACCUCAAUGUAAGUGCAUUAUCUUCUACAAAAAAAAAAAAAAAAAACAUAAAAACGAUAAAUAAAUAAAAAAAAAAUGAAAACAAACUUACGGAGCGUAAAAAUGGAUACAAAUGCUAAAACAUCCUAAUGAGUAAAAAGAAAUCAAGAAGAACCACUCCUAAAAAUUAAAUGUAUAUUAUAAGCAACCAAAUAACAAAGCAUAAUGUUGAGAGAAACAAACCAUAAGAAUCUAACCAGAACCGGAAGCAGAAUAAACAAGCUUUGGCGAAGCACCGGAAAUAAACACAUCUUCAAAAAGACAAAAACAGGCGAAAGGAGCUUUUUUCAAAAGUUACCCAGAGCCAAAAUCAAAACCAAAACGAAUCCGAAUCCGAACCCGAACAGCAACCAAUCAAACAAUCACUCACCCACCAAGUUUUGGGUCGAACUCGAACUCCCCACCCAGACCAUAUGUACCAUACCAACUGAAGCAGAUCAACCUAGAACAGAGGGAUAUAGGAGAUAUAGGAGCAGGAAGUGAUUAGGAUGGGAUGGGAGGUGUAUAUAAGAAUGUUGCUGGGCAUUUACCAUUGAUCUUUAUAUACGAGUAUCAAGCCGCUAUAUAUGUGUAUAUAUGCGAUAUAUAUGUGUAUGUUGAAAAUGCGUGACAUUAUGUUUUGUUAUACUUGAGAAUCUAUAUAUGUAUAUUUAUAUAUAUGUAUAUAAAUGUAAUCAAUUUCGCCACUUGUUUUUAACGAAUAAUUAUUCAAAUUAAUAAUACCUUUUUUAAAUUUUUUCAAAGGAAAAAAUGUCCAAAGUUGUCAAUAUAAAUACCUAUACAUAUACAUAUAUAUCUAUAUAUAGAUAUGUGGAAAUAUGCUUAAAUACGAUAUUUAUAAAGAACAAACGGAAUUUUUCUAAAAGAUUCCAAAAAGGAAAGAACAAAGAAUUGAAAAUUAUUAUUCCAAAUGCUGAAUCAAAGAAAAGUCAGAUCGAUGAAAGGGACGAGUUAAUAAUUUAGCUAUAGCUCUGGUUUAUUUUGACAGGGGGUUUAACACGAUAAACAUAAAAUAAAUGAGGAUAAAGAUCGAGGAAACAACUAUAAAAAACUUGUGAGUUUGCGUGCGCGUUAAAAACGAAGAUAAGAAUAAUGAUAAUGAUGUAGAAAGAGAACUCAGUUGAAGAACGAAGAAAGAAAGGCUAUUGUGAGUUGUGUGAAAAGCAGAAACGAAAUUAUUUUUUAGUAUUUAGAGGCUAUUUUAUAUCGUUAUUAAAGCAGGUAGGAAAGUGAGGCAACGGUUAGGA